AUGUUUUUAGGUACAGUUGAAAAUUGUCAGAGAAAAGACAACAGUGUGACGACAUUUGCAGUGUACAUGAUGUAUAGCAGAGGACCAGAAUAUUUUGACAUUAAGGAAGUUAUUGAAAGCGUGAACGUUUUUAAACAGGAGGCCAGCAAACUCGCAAUUGACCUGCCGGAAUUUUUAGAUAGUGCUGGGACAGAUUUUUUUCGAUAUAUAUUAUAUAUCGGUAUAGAUGAAACAAGCCAAGAAAUGCUUAAAGGAAUAGGGAAAACAAUGAACAAAGCGCUCCAUAAACUAAUACAAAAAAUAUUCCACCAAGAGAUACCUGCGGACUGGGGGAAAGUAGAAAUUGUUCCCAUAUAUAAACAGAAAGGAGACAAAAAAGUUUGUAAAAACUACAAAGGGAUAACACUGUUAAGCAUUCCUGGCAAGAUCUACACUAAAAUGUUGUAG